UACUGCUCAUUAACACCCAAGUCGUAGCGUGGUAAAUCCACCCCUCCCUUCCCCUUUUCCAAUUUCUAAUUCCAGUUUCACCCACUCACUACUUCAAACAUCCGCUUUUUCCAAGUCCAACAAAAUCAAAGUCUCUCUCUUUUCUGAAAGUAAGCUCUGGUAUAAUGGAGGUACCACCAAUCGAAAAUGCUGAGCCCACACCGAAUUCCUCCGAUGUUGAGGUGCCUCAUGUUCAAGAUGACCCAGUUCCUCAAUUUUCAGAUGCUAAUGGAGCUGGUAAAUGUGAUCAUAAGCUUUCUGCAGAAGAGACGAAGGGGGUAUUGGAGAUCAUAGCUUCAACAGGAAACUUUUGGCAUGACUGGGAUGAGCUUAAAAGCAUGCUUUUGUUUCAGCUGAAGCAGGUUGUUGCGGAAUAUCCAGAAGCAAGAAAUUCUGACGAUCAACUAAAUGCUUCUUUGGGGGCGUAUCCACAGUUGGUGAAAAGUCUGGAGGAUGCUCUUUUUAGUUUUAUAGAAGGACCACCAUUCACAUUGCAAAGACUUUGCGAGAUUUUACUGAGUGCGCGGACUAUCUACCCAAAUCUGUCGAAACUUGCUCUGGCACUAGAAAAAAAUCUGUUGGUGACAAGUACUUUGACGAAAACUACAGAUCCAUAUCCUCCCUCAAUUGCCCAAGUAGCAGAUGACUCAAGAGAGCAGGUUCAGGAUGCCCAGCCUCUGCCUCAGCCACCGUCUCAAUCUCCUCAUCCUCCACACUCUAAUUCAGUAGAAAAUGGUGGGGAAUCAAUGAUGGGAGACAGGGAUGAAGUAAUGUCAGAAGUAGAUGCUGUUGUGGAUGAUGGUAUGACCAUUGACAUGGAAACCUUUGAAGAGAUCAUCAGCUCAUCAGAGGCAAAUCCAGAACCCAACAAUGCUUUGUCUUAGUGCGAGCCCAUGUAACUGUUGAAGGGUUUAUGCUCAAGGAACAGUAGCUAAUGUGUCCUGUGAGAUAGGAAUUCAUCUAUUGUUUGGCCAUUCCAGUGAGUUGGUAGUUAACAUGCUUGAUUUUGAAACAUAUUACGCUGUAUUUUUGCUUUGGCCUUUUGGAAAUUUCAAGGUUGAUUCAUGAGGCAGCAAAAAAAAUUAGGGGACUGCACGAUCAUGUAUUUUUAGAUCUUAAAGCAUUGGUGAUUUUAUCACCAAACAAAAUAUUCGCGUUGUAUGUAACGUGAAAACUAUUCCACCAUAUUAAGAGAGCUAAGUGAACCACUAGACACUCUGUCUAAGCAAUUUUAACAGUCUAUUGCGAUUGGUCUGUGGCAUUGUGCAAUUGUUCACCUUUAUAACUCAAGGCUAUGAGAACAUGUCAUUUUCCGAA